ACACCUGCGUUGUAAGAAUUGGAUGGCAAAAAUACACGUAAGCCAUCCAGCUAUAAAACAUGCUUCCGUGAUUUGGAAAUGGUUUUAAUUUAAGGACAAUUUUCCAAUUGAGAAAAAAUAGAAAAAAUGGCGAUUUCUAAUUCAAGCUUAUUACAUAACGAUAGUGCACGACCUUUGCUCAGUCAAGCUCGGAAAAGGUUCCGAACAAAGAAGGUUAACUUCGAAAACACAAGCGGUGGCAGCGAAAGUUCCGACAACGAAGCACUUCUUCCCAAGCGCGACUCGGCAUUCAGCAAACUUAUUCCGACUAGCGUUCGGAAGAAGUAUUUCACUCGUGGGUUGUCGUUUAGCCACUGCGAAGCGGCGCCCUAUGGGAGUAAAAUCUACCUGGCGAGGAGGAAAAAGGCGGACCCGUGGUACAUAAUUCUGUUGGAGGUUAUUGCAGUUAUCUUAACAGUAAUGUUUGCCCUGUACUGCUUUUACUACCUGGAAACUGUCAUUUUUCACGUGGAGAGAUUCUAUGCACACGUUGGACAUGCACACUCUCAACAUCAAAUUGGACAGAGAUAUCUUCACGGAGCAGGGACGAGUCAGAACCACUCGAAGGCGGCCGAGUAUUUCAAGAUGGCGGCGGAGGGGGGACAUGCCCACGCCAAGUACAACCUGGCAGUUGGACACCUGAAGGGACACCACAGCAUGCUUGAGCCAGGGGAGCCCCGGGCUAUUCUGGAGGACGCCGUUGAGGAGGGGGUUCCUCAGGCGAAGAAGGUGCUGGACAAGUUCUGCAACCGAGGGGGGAAGUGCUAGCCGAAAUGUUCAAUUAGCAGAAAUUAAUCUACUAGUAGUUAACAUUCGAGGAAUAAUCUAAACAGAUAACAGAACGGGUCUUUUCUGAUAUGCUGCCAAAGUGAUCCUUUCGGGUUCAUGAAAACUCGACCAUAGUUUCUUGACAUUCGCUAAGUGAAGAAUCACAAUCAAAAGAAAUUCUGAAAAUUAGCUUUAAAUUUAAGCCCAAACUCCAACAUAAAAUUGGGCCGUUGAACAGAAAAUACCUGUUGCGUUAUCAGUGGGAAGUUUUUAACUUAUAGUUAACCUGACAGUUAAGAAAGGUCUUUUAAAGAAACAUCUCUACUUCUCUUCCAAAAAAGUCGAGCUUUCCCUUGAAAUAAUCUUUCAUUUGAUGGUCUUGGUAGAUUAUAAGUUAUACGUUUCCUUGUGGUCUUUCAUUAGAUAUAAAUUAAACAGUGUUAUUAUUUAAAUACAAUUAUAACUUCAUUGAGUUUUAGAAAUUGACGUGAUAUUAU